AUGAAACUUUCCGUGUUCUUCACUCUUGUUGUGUCCUGCUUAUUUGCAACCACAACGCUGGCCAUCACCGCCAAAGAGGUAACGCAACUUCGUGCCAAGCAGAAAAAGUCCAUCAUCACCCUUAAGAACUCCAAUUACGAAUCCCUUCUUAAUGGGCCUCGUGAUUUUAACAUGGUGGUGUUACUCACUGCUUCUUCUCCCCUGGUAGGAUGUGUUCUUUGUUCAAAAUUCGACCCUGACUACUCUGCGGUCGCCGAUAGUUGGGUCAAGCAACAUCCAGCCAAUGACGGGCUUUAUUUUGCCAAAGCCGACUUCAGUGAUUCUUCCCGUAAAGUGUUUGAACGGUUCAAGCUUAACUCGGUGCCUCGUUUAUUCUUGUUCACCCCGACUGGCGAAGCAACUCCGCUUGAUACCGGUUUCGUUGACUUGCCAUUCCUCGAAGGAGACCAUUCUCAACAUUUGACCAGCUACAUCCAAGAACACACCGGGAAACAAAUCCACGUUGUCAAACCAGUGCGUUAUGACAAUUUGAUCUUUUCUCUUGUUGUGUCCGCCCUCUUCUUUGGCGGGGUUUACAAGUUCAGAACCCAAGUGUCGACAAUUGUGUUAUCAAAACAACUCUGGGGGUUCGUGAUCAUCUUAUCAAUUCUCAUGUUCAUUUCUGGGUACAUGUUCAACCAAAUCAGGGGCACUCCGUACAUUGGUACCCACAAUAAUGGGAUGCCUGAAUACUUUAUGCAAGGCCAACAAAACCAAUUCGGUAUCGAGACCAAUAUCAUGAGCACCGUGUAUGGGGUGUUGGCGUUCCUUACCGUGGCAUUGGUGACGUUAGUGCCAAAGAUUGAGCAUCCAAAAGUCAACGCCAUCGCCACUUUUGUCAUGGUUUUCCUUUUAUUGCUCGGGUACAGCUUGUUGUUCGAUAUCUUUGCCAAGAAGAGUCAUGGGUACCCAUUCCGUUUGCUUAGAUUCUUCAGUUUCUAG